AUGGUGAGCCAGUUAGUAUGGCAGCGAGCCACUGCCUCGCGCAGGCUGGUCGGACGCCUGUCCCCACAACGCCUUACCCGUGGUAUGGCCACCGAAGCCGCCUCAUCGCGUAUGCCGCCCUACCCCAAGAUUGUCCGCAAUCUCGAACAGGUUCGCAAGGUUCUGGGCUCCGAGCGCGCUCUCACCCUGGCUGAGAAGAUCCUCUACGCCCAUUUGGACAACCCCGAGGAGUCACUCCUCUCCGGUACCAACAAUGGUCGCGAUAUCCGUGGUCAGGCCAACUUGAAGUUGAAGCCCGAUCGCGUGGCUAUGCAGGAUGCCUCUGCGCAGAUGGCUCUUCUGCAGUUCAUGUCCUGCGGGCUUCCUUCGACUGCUGUCCCCGCCAGUAUUCACUGCGACCAUAUGAUUGUUGGUGAACGUGGUGCUGAUACCGAUCUGCCCGCUUCCAUUCAGGGUAACAAAGAGGUCUUCGACUUCCUGGAAAGUGCUGCUAAGCGCUAUGGUAUUGAGUUCUGGCCCCCGGGUGCCGGUAUCAUUCACCAGAGUGUUCUGGAGAACUACGCCGCUCCCGGUCUGAUGAUGCUGGGUACCGAUAGUCACACCCCCAAUGCUGGUGGUCUUGGUGCCAUUGCUAUUGGUGUCGGCGGUGCCGAUGCUGUCGAUGCGCUGGGUCGCCUCAGCGGCUGGGCCUCGCCCAAGGAUAUCAUCCUGCACUUGGCUGGCAAACUGACUGUCCGCGGUGGUACUGGCUUCGUUGUUGAGUACCACGGUCCUGGUGUCGAGACUCUCAGCUGCACUGGUAUGGCUACUUGCUGUAAUAUGGGUGCUGAGGUCGGUGCCACCACCUCGCUCUUCCCCUUCUCCCCCAGCAUGAUCCCCUACCUCGAGGCUACUCAUCGUGGUCACGUCGCCCAGGCUGCUGCUGAGAUUGCUGCUUCUGGUCCUGGUAACCUGCUGCGCGCUGACAGCAAGGCCGACUCGAGCCCCACAUCAACGGCCCCUUCACUCCCUGACUUCUCGGUUCCCCUGUCCAAGUUCGCCGACACUGUCCGCGAGAAGCAGUGGCCCGAGACUUUUGGAGCUGGUCUUAUUGGUAGCUGCACGAACUCCUCGUAUGAGGACAUGACCCGUGCUGAGCACUUGGUCAAGCAGGCCACCGCCGCCGGUCUCAAGCCCAAGGCGGACUUCUUCAUCACUCCUGGCAGUGAGCAGAUCCGCGCCACUCUCGACCGUGAUCAGACCCUGAGCACCUUCUCCGAGGCUGGCGGUGUCGUGCUGGCUAACGCUUGCGGUCCCUGCAUUGGCCAGUGGAACCGUACCGACGAGGUCCCGAAUGGUGAGGACAACGCCAUCUUCACUUCCUACAACCGUAACUUCCCUGGUCGUAACGAUGGCAACCGCCGCACCAUGAACUUCCUGGCCUCUCCCGAGCUCGUCACUGCUCUCGCCUACUCUGGCAACACGACUUUCAACCCCAUGACCGACUCUCUGACCACCCCCGGCGGCGAGGCUUUCAAGUUCCAGCCUCCUCAGGGCUCGAACCUGCCCAGUGCCGGCUUCGAGGAGGGCAACCCCAACUUCCUGCCCACUGCUGCCGUUCCCAACGCUGACGUUGAGGUCAAGGUGUCCCCGACCUCGGACCGUCUGGCUCUAUUGGAGCCCUUCGCCCCCUUCCCCGAGGGUGAUCUGUCUGGCCUUCAGGUCCUUUACAAGGUCAAGGGCCAGUGCACCACCGAUACCAUCUCCGCCGCCGGUCCCUGGCUUAAGUACAAGGGCCACUUGCCCAACAUCUCUGCCAACACCCUGAUUGGUGCCGUCAACGCCGCCACUGGCGAAACCAAUGUCGCCUACGACGAGAGCGGAAACAAGUUUGGUAUCCCCGAGCUGGCCGAGCAGUGGAAGCAGCGUGGCAUCGAGUGGCUCGUCGUCGCCGAGGACAACUACGGUGAGGGUUCCGCCCGUGAGCACGCCGCUCUGCAGCCCCGUUACCUCGGUGGUCGCGUCAUUGUCACCAAGAGCUUCGCCCGUAUCCAUGAGACCAACCUGAAGAAGCAGGGUGUUGUUCCCCUCACCUUCGCCAACCGUGAGGACUACGACCGCAUCGACGCCUGCGACAAGGUCGACACUGUCGGCCUCUACGACACCCUACAGGCCGGUGGCAAGGGCGAGAUCCAGCUGCGUGUCACCAAGCGUGAGACUGGCGAGUCCUUCAUGGUUCCCGUCAAGCACACUCUUAGCAAGGACCAGAGCUCUUUCAUUCUUGCAGGCAGUGCUCUGAACCUGCUGGCCAAGAAGGCCAACGCCCAAUAG